AAGGAAAAAAUAGACUAUUCUGCUACCAAAAUUUAUCUUCCAAAAAAAAACAAAGCGAGAGAUUUUUUUUAUAAAUUGACAACAGUAUAAAAUAAUUGUUUAGGCAUAUCGAAUAAAAAAUACAUAUUUAUGAGUCUUCGACGAUUAUCACUAUUUUGUGUGAAUAAGAGAUGCUUCUGCUUGAAAGCAAAUCGAUUGUGUAACAGGCGAUUGGGAGAUCCAGAAAAUCGUGGAGAUUUUCAACCAGGAGUAAAUUUUGAUACGCUAGGUUCUUGGAACAACAGACUAAACUUAGAAUUACAUCUUGAGCAAAGUAUAAAAAGCGGAAGGCCCAUUCCAAGAAUUCAAUUUACAGACGUAGGUCAUGCAACUCUAUUAGGAAGACGAAAGACUAAUGAAGACCGGAUGUGCAUUAGUAGAUUGUCUAACAGGGUUAUGAUGUUUGCUAUAUUUGAUGGUCAUUCUGGCAGUGUUGCAGCCCAGUUCGCUGCUAUGAAUCUACCAGGUCAUAUAAGAUUUUGGUUGAAUAGAUGUGAUAUGAAAAGAGCAUUGAAGCAUGCUUUUUUGGAAUUUGAUAAUCGGUUAUCUUGGUAUCUGAACAGAUUAAAUAUCAGCUGUGGAACGACAGCAACUGUCUGUAUUUUGAAAGAUAAUCAAUUUUUGUAUGUUGCGCAUAUUGGCGAUUCUCUGGCAGUAUUAAAUCGAAAAGGAAGUGUGGUAAGGUUGACACGGGAGCAUAGCCCAGAUAAUCCAGCAGAAAGGGAGAGAAUAGAGUCAAAAGGAGGAAGAAUUGUAUCAUCGUCAGUUGGUGGAGGAAGAGUUCAGGGUCGUUUAGCAAUGUCUAGGUGUUUCGGUGACCCUGAAUUGAAGUUUAAUGGUAUUAUUGCAGAUCCUGAUAUUAAGCAUAUAAGAGUGAAACAUGGAUUUGAUGCUUUUCUAGUGUUAGCAACAGAUGGAGUAUCUUACGCUUUGAACGAUCAAGAAAUUAUUGACAUUGUUUCUUCCUGUCAGCAUCCGAAUAAAGCUGCUCAAUUGGUGACUGAUCAGGCGCUACACUUCGGCUCUGAAGACAAUUCGAGUGCUCUUGUUGUUCCUUUAGGUGCUUGGGGGAAGUAUGCGUGUGCUCCGCAAGCUAUUGUGUAUUCUUUCGGAAAAACCGUAAUUGGAAAUCGAUAUUAA